UUAAAAUGCGCAAACUCCUGUAACAUGGCUGUGCUUAUCUGUAGGACAUUACCAACAAUGAUCGACCACGAUCGAUAUUGAAGAAUGUGACGUUUUUGUUUUUAUUCCAGUAUUUUAGGUACAUUUACCUGUGUAACAACGUGUAGUCGUGUCUUCUGAAAUUAAAAAGUGCAGGAAAUAUUACAAAAUUUCGGUUUCGGCGCUACCAGACAUGUUUUUGUGCUAAAUGUGAAACAUACACGCAGGUGAUUGGUUUGAAAAUGUGUAUUCUAAUCUAUUCGCUUCACAAAAAUGGCAUGGGUGUUUCAAAAAGCUGAACUGUUCAGUUGUUUCUACUUUCUUCCUUCUAAUUAUCUAAAGGGGACCAGAACCCUUGAGAAAAAUUAGGGGUAUAAUGAAUAAUUCCAAUAAUCAGAAUAAUUCAAGUGUAUCUGAACAAAUUGCAAUGGUUGUGGCAUCACCUUCUGGUUUAUCUGGAGUUUCAGAUGAUGACGAGCACUGCCCUUCUUCACCGGAGUCCACCUAUGAAGAAGGUGCAGAUCUCAUGAGUGCUGCCAUGGGAGAUGAAGUAACAGCUCAACUGGCAGCAGCAGGUCCAGUUGGGGUAGCUGCAGCAGCAGCAAUAGUUUCAGCGAAAAAACGAAAACGGCCACAUUCUUUUGAAACAAAUCCAUCAAUAAGAAAAAGGCAGCAAAAUCGGUUGUUAAGGAAAUUGCGGCAAACCAUAGACGAAUUUGCAACUCGGGUUGGUCAACAAGCCAUUGUAUUAGUAGCCACACCAGGCAAACCAAAUACGAGCUAUAAGGUGUUUGGGGCUAAGCCAUUGGAAGAUGUUAUCAAAAAUUUACGGUCUAUGAUUAUGGAAGAACUGGAAAAUGCGUUGGCACAUCAAGCUCCUCCACCAGUCCAAGAAGAUCCCACCCUUUUUGAACUACCUCCGCUUAUCAUCGAUGGUAUUCCUACCCCCGUUGAAAAGAUGACACAAGCCCAGCUUAGAGCUUUCAUUCCUUUAAUGUUGAAAUAUUCCACGGGGAGGGGAAAGCCUGGAUGGGGUAGAGAAUCCACCAGACCUCCUUGGUGGCCUAAAGAAUUACCAUGGGCAAACGUGCGAAUGGAUGCAAGAAGUGAAGAUGAAAAGCAAAAGAUUUCAUGGACUCAUGCUUUACGCCAAAUAGUUAUAAAUUGCUACAAGUACCACGGUAGGGAAGACCUGCUACCAGCUUUUUCAGAAGAAGAUGAAAAAGCAAAUCAGGCUGCAACAGCAAACGCAAAUGUCAGUACCUCGGUUGGUGUUUUAAAAAUGCAUUCUUUGGGCUCAGGCCCUACUCAUAAAAUACAGAUCCAAGCUAACGGCUCUCCACAGAUUAUUGCUGCUUCGCCUGACGGAAUGUCAGGUUCCUCAGCGCAGGUUUGCCUAGACCCUGCCGGCUAUAGUUCAGACGUUGAUAUUGCGACUCAAUUUACUCCGACUGUUUUGCAUACCAUAACGAAUCCAGAUGGAACUGUUAGUAUUGUGCAGGUUGAUCCAAACAACCCAAUAAUUACCCUUCCAGAUGGCACAACUGCUCAUGUUCAAGGAAUGGCAACUAUUCAGUCCACCCAAAGUGAAAAUGGCACGCCAGUUCACACGAUUCAAACAAUAACAGAAGGUGGGGCACAAGGAGAAGUUGUCGAUUUAAAUUCAGUAACAGAAGCAACACUUAAUUCUGAAGGCCAAAUUAUUCUCACUGGUGAAGAUGGUCAUGUUAGUGGAGUUAUAACUGUACCAGUAUCAGCAUCCAUGUACCAAACCAUGGUUGCUAAUAUACAACAGUUGACAAGUUCAGAUGGAACUGUAUGUGUUACACCUGUUGUUCAAGUACCAAAGGUCGAACCUACUGGUGGAGAAAAUAUGGAAACUUUAACUGUUACACCAACUGGUUUAACUCAUUCCAUGAUGAUACAAAAUUCUGGGUCAGAUCAACCACAGGUUUUACAGGUGUUAUCCCUUAAGGACGCAACAGUGUUAACUAAAGCUAUGGCUGGAAUUUCAGAUGUCAAAACUGAAGAAACGAUUGUAAGUGAUCCGUAAAAUUUUAAUAAUUGAGGGUUAGACUGUACCAUAAAAAAUGCAUUUCUAUAACGGUAUGUGUAAAAAGUAUUUAUGAUAAUUGAUAAAGAAUGGAGAGAAGUGUAAAGGCAGUGCAAACAGACUCACAACGAAAUGUGGAAUGUAAACUUAAUGUGUCAAAAAAAAUAUCGUGAAGUUGUAGAUAUCUGCAUGGGAAGAAAGUGUCAGAUUAUGUGUGUAAAUAUUGCAGAAAUUUUAAAUUUGACGCCAUAUCCCAAUUCACUUUUGCAGAUUUUAUGUGUUCCUUACGUACGAAGUUUCAGCCGUUGAUAAAAAGAAUUGUAGAAAUUACCACCUUUUUGUGUAUAUAAAGUUCGUAGAUUAUUAAUUAAGCGAAAACCACGAUCUUAUUUUACUUAACGGUUUACUUUAUAGUUUUUCUAACACCAAAAUUUGAUACAGACAUAUAGUUACACAUUCAUCAGAUUUUAGUCUUUUUGAUGUAACAAUUUGUUAGUGUUGUUUUUAUUUUUUAUUAAUUACAGUAGAAAAAAACAUUUGGGUUUUUAAAGUAGUGUUGUUUUAGUUUACACAGUAGCAAUUUUGCGGCAACAUUUUUUUCUUAUAUUACACUUUUUUCUUUAUACUAAUUGUAGAUAUCUAUUACGGGUAUAAUUUGAUGAAUUCUUCUUUAAUGACGAGACACUGAGUGAUACGAAAUUAUUAAAAAAAUUAAGGUUUUAUAGGUAAUAUUGUAAAGGUUUUCUACGCUUCGACAAAUCUACUGUUUUAUUAAUUAAUAUUUCUUUAUUAUCAAUAAACCUCGGUAACUGAAAACUUAAUUAAAACUUAUACAUAUUACUCUGAAUAUUUAGUUAAGGAAAUAUAUUUGAAAAAUUAUUUUUUAUUGUAAAUUGAAUUGGGAUAGUACUUGAUAGGAACAACAUGUAAUGUCUGCUUAUAAGUAAGUUUAUAAGUCUAGUCAGAUUAUCUUCAGAUCAAAACAGACGUUCAACUUUGUGAUAAAUUCAGUAGUAAAUGAUUUACUAUGUAUUUUUACUUCCAUCUUGCUGCAUAUCUUUACUGAGAAAAUUAUACACUUUUUUUGUUUUAUAGAUCUAACUCAAUACUUGUAUUGUUUAGUAAGUCAACUAAAUAUAUUUUAAAACAGGUAUAAAAUUUGCAUGAAAUUAAAUAUACCUACAUGGUAUCGAUAAAGUAUUUUUCGGUACGUACCAUUUUGACGUGUGAACUGAACGUUUUUUAUAAAUAAAUUUUGCAUUUGCCAUUUCAUUUGUAAAAAUUGUUAUUGGGUAAGAAGAGAAAAAGUACAAAUUAAAUUUUUUGAACGAAAACGUUUAAUUUAAAAUUCGUUGAUGUUUCUAAUAGGGUAAUGUGUGUUAGAGCUAUAAAACAGUGCGAUUUUGUGUGAAAGUUAGAAACGUAUACUGUAUACUCCUGCUUUUAAAAUCGUGUAAUUUUACUUGUGUUCUUAUCUACAUUUUUCAAGUACUUGUAAAAAGUCGCUAGUAGAACGUGCAUAUUGUGGUUGAAUAAGUUUUUUUAUUAAUUUCAUAAAUUUUGAUAUUUAAUUGAAAUGACGCCAUUUGAAGUUCCAUUAAGUAGAUUACUUAAGUGGAGUAUCUUGUCUGAAUAAGUUGGUAUUGUUGUAAUUUUUAGAAUUAUUUACUGCUGUGUUUUUGAAUAGAUGUCAUUCAUUGUUUCGAUGGUAAAUUAAUGUUAUUUUUUGUACAUUGGAUGUAUUAAGCUAUCACUUGUACAUUACUUCUGUCUAGAUUCAGUUGUUACUAGGCAUAAUUGUUGGUGUUCGUUACAAAUAAAUUUGGUACAUCAGCAGCACUGUUA